AUGGCGGCACCAGAAAACACACUUCACUCCACAGAUUCUCCCUUAAAGAGGCCAAGAGAAGAUGGAGUAAACGGUGUCUCCGUUACUCUUUCCAUGGAACCCCAACCUAAUGGUUUAUCAUCUGUUAUUCCUGGCUGGUUCUCUGAAAUUAGCCCAAUGUGGCCAGGGGAAGCACACUCCUUGAAAGUGGAAAAAAUUUUGUUUCAAGGAAAGUCUGAUUAUCAGGAUGUUAUGGUCUUCCAGUCUGCAACAUAUGGGAAGGUUCUUAUUUUGGAUGGAGUGAUUCAGCUCACAGAAAGAGAUGAGUGUGCCUACCAAGAGAUGAUCACUCAUCUUCCUCUUUGCUCUAUUCCAAACCCCAAAAAGGUUUUGGUUAUUGGUGGAGGAGAUGGGGGAGUCUUGCGAGAAGUUGCACGCCACUCUUCAAUCGAAAAGAUAGACAUUUGCGAAAUAGACAAGAUGGUUGUUGAUGUCUCCAAAGAAUUUUUCCCUGAAAUAGCUGUAGGUUUUGCUGAUCCACGUGUGACACUUAAUAUCGGUGAUGGAGUUGCAUUUUUGAAGGCAGCUCCAGAAGGAUCUUAUGAUGCAGUGAUAGUGGAUUCAUCUGAUCCUAUUGGCCCUGCUCAAGAGCUUUUUGAAAAGCCCUUUUUUGAGUUAGUUGCAAGGGCCCUUCGUCCAGGAGGAGUUGUGUGUACUCAAGCGGAAAGUAUAUGGCUUCAUAUGCACAUCAUUGAGGACAUUGUGGGGAACUGUCGCCAGGUAUUCAAAGGGUCUAUCAACUAUGCUUGGACCACAGUUCCUACAUACCCAAGUGGGAUGAUUGGUUUUAUGCUUUGCUCAACUGAGGGGCCUUCCGUUGAUUUCAAGCAUCCAGUGAAUCCUAUUGAUGAGAAUGAUAACCAGCAGGCGGCAAGACCAUUGAAAUUUUACAACCGUGAGAUUCAUUCAGCAGCUUUCUGUUUGCCAUCUUUUGCCAAGAGGGCAAUUGCUUCUAAAGAAAAUUAA